AUGCGCUCUGCCAAACCCAAAGCGCCGCCGGAGUACCCCAGACCAGUAGCCCCCAUCUACGCUGACGAACUCCCCAUCUGCGACGACACAAUCAUAUACUUUGAUGGAGACGAAGACGUUCAAGAGGAUGAACAGCAGAAAGCUGCGAAAAGACGACGUAUCGAGAGCGAGGCGACUGCUUAUCUGCGGGGAGAGCCUCCAUACAUCCUUACUGCCCAGUUGAAGGGCCCUUUCGACAACGGCUGGCAAAAUCCAUGGAAAAGGAGGAAGAAGACCACUGGUAGCAACGAGAGCACAACUCGGAUCGUGGCAGAUAAGACUGUUAGCAAGCCUGCAGUGCAGACGGCACCAUUACCUCCCCUCUCGCCAGAGAGACCAGCAUCGCCACCGAGCAAUACAAGUGCAACUGUACGACCCAAACGCUCAAAUGCGUUGCCCCCCGAAACAAAUCAGGACAAGGGGUUGGACUCUUCCCUGAAAAAUGAUAUCGGCGAUGUGUGUCGCUCAAAUACAGACCAAUUUAAUCAUCAGAAGAAUCGAAUAGUUGAGGAUUGGUUGAAGAAGAACGACUCUUACGUGCAACUGGAUGGUACACAGAUGUCAGUUUCCUCUCCAUUGGCAAAGAAAAGCCCUGGUGUAGGAAAGAAAAAUGGGGAGCCCUCUCGGAUCGAAGUGCCAAUGCCACCGCUGCUUGAUGCUAUUGUUCACGUAGCAAGAAGCUUCCACAGCACCAGACGGCCCCAUACUUCUGAUUCGGCGCAAAGCAAUAAACAGAAUCUCGAGCACUCGCAACCACGAGCUAUACAUUUAGCUACCGGGAACAAUACGCCGACGAAGUACAUAGAAACCUCAUCCCUGCAUCCUGGAGGUCGAGGAGAUACUAUCAAACAGCUACGUGGAACUACGUCUGCUAGUGAACCUCCAGUCAGCGGAUCGACAACAAACAGUGCAACGGUGGAGUUAGGACGCCGAUCGCCGCCAGCUGUCGGCACAUCUGCGAUCUUGCCUCCUUCUCAUAACCGCCUCGCCUCCAUCUCCAGUCAAAGCCCGCAAGAAGCCUCAGGCUUAGUUCACGAAAAUAAUGGCCCUCAACCAGAACCAACAAGCACGAGAAAACAACCAGACAGACGAGGAGUUGUCAAACCAGCGACCGGUGUCGUUUCUGCGACUCUCCCUUCGGCACUAGAGAAGCCAUUGCCAAUUCAGGUUGAAUCUAUUCCAAUAGCUUCGAAAGAGCAACCAAGCAUAGACACGCCGAACGACCUCCCUUCUGCGCAAGUAUUGCCACAACAAACCCUGCCGUCUGCACCGUCGAAUGUCUCAAGUAAUGGUGAUAUGGUGGAACUCCCAGCGGUCCCGGUGUCACCGCAUUCCCUUGGGAUCGAGUUGGCCGUGAAAUCCUCUGCGCCAGCAAACGUUGGGACUGAGACAAACGGUUCUCACUCUGGCUUCGACAAUCAUAAUAGCCUCAGCGGCUCGAAAAAUGCGGAGGGAAAGCGUAGGGAGAUCCCGAGGGCAGAUGAGACUGGUUAUCUGAAGUCGUACAAGACCGUGACUUCUGAAAUGGGUCCUUCCAAUAAGGCCGGGCUGGAUAUCGAAAGAUCUUCUCUAGCAAAGACCAGCUCAAACGCCCGAGUGACGAGCAGCAGGAAGAAAGCGUCUUUCAUCACAAGUGAGAAGUCUCCAGGACCUUCGCAGGCAUCUAUCAAGUCGGCCAUGAGAGUCGCGAAGCCUACAACCGUGAAUCAGACCAAAGGUAAUGUAAAAUCAGCCCGGUCUCGAUCCUUUCGUCACAGUGGGAAAGACGACAUGGAACCAACAUCACCCUCUGGUCUUAAGAGCACCCCAAAAUCAUCAAGACUGAUGCGGGCGCCGAAAGGAAUUCUCAAAUCGUCUCUGUCGGCAUCGUUAGAGCCUCCAUUGGAGCCUCCGAUUUCUUCAAUCAACGCCGCUUCAUCUGGUUCUAAGCAGGAUGCUCAACGACCGGCAAAACUUGACGUGGUGGAGAACGAAACUGGGCUGUUGAAUGAUGAUGGAUUUGAUCUUGAUGCUGCCAUCGAUGAUUUAGGCAGUUUUCUGGGUACUUGGGAUGCAGAAAAGGAAGCAGCUCAGGCGUCACACAGGUUACGAUAA